UAAACAGUAUAACGGUUUUGUGUUUGAUUUCUAUUUUUGUAAGUAAAUACUGUAAAUAUUCGAUCGUAUAAGAUUAAUACUAAAAAUUAGUACUGUAUAGCUGUAUAAAAUAUUCGAAAGACUUGAAUACAAUUUGAUGAUUGACGAUUGCUGGCAGCGAUGCCGGCUGCAGACUCAAACAAGUUCAUCACGAAUAAUUUACCGGAAUUCCUGUUGCUCGUCUCACAACCGCCGGAAACCGUGUUUACCUUGGACGCAGCGCUGUUACGGGACCUCCAUGCGGUAAUUGUCUGUUACGAUGCACACGUUUUCUAUCGGAACCGUGGCGGUAUGGAUGGAUCCACUGUCGGUCUGGACGAAUUUGUGUUGUACUGUGACAGCAAGAUUCAGCCACAGCUGGUCGACGAAGGCGAAGACUCCCGGGAUGGUUAUUAUCGGUGUUUGAUGACCGUCAGCGAUCUGAUCCGAACCGAACCGUGGGCCCGGCUUUACGGCGUCGUCGGUACCCGCGUCAUGCGCCGUUUGCUGUUCGACUGUCUGUUGUUCGUGCCACUGGGCCGACACGUAUACUACUGCGUGCGAUCACCGUCACAGCACGCAGGCCGGUACGAAGUGUUGCAGGCGUUCCGGACCCGGGCUGGUUCAAGGUGGACACCGAAGCUGCCAUUACCGUCGCCGCGGAAAUACUUCAACAUCGCGGGACUGCUAGGGGACGUGAAACCGAUCGGACGGCAAGACUCGUCCGACAUGUUGCGCGGCAUACUACAAACAGACGUCAUCGGCACGACAGGCGAUCAUCCUAUGGACGUCGGCGCGAUGUGUCUCGAUCAGCUUGCACGUAAACUCAAAGUUAUGGCGGACAAGGAUACUUCACGCGCGUACUGGGACAUUUACCGGGACGUGGUUGGCAAUUGCGCUUCGGCCGAGGUACCAUUAUGUAGGGUAAAGUUGUUUGCCCGGAUGGUUGUGCGUAAAAUCGUGCCACGAGAGCUGUUUGGGACAGUCGGUAACCGUGACCAGUACUGCAACAACAUGUGCCAGGUGCUGAACGGUGGAAAGUUCCACGAUUACACGGUGCAGCACAUCGUGCACAAGAUCAAGAUAAAAAAGAUCAAUUGGCUGAACGGCGUGGCCAAGGACCGGUGGGCCGAGAUUGUGGCCAAGACGCUGGUGUGGCUGAUCAACGUAUUCGUUUUCAGUAAGAUCGUACACUGCUUCCGGAUUGUAACGACUACCACGCCUAACAACGGUAUCGUCUACGUGGUUAAGAACAAAUGGGCGAAUAUGUGCCGUGAGAAGAUAUCACCACUAAUUGCCGACGGUAGCGAGUUUUUCCGUCAGAUCCAGCACAACGUGCCUGAGCCGUCGUCAUCGUCGUUUUAUAGGAACUGGAAAGUAUGCCCGUAUGCAAAACCUAACGGGGUGCGUUUGAUAUUCAAGCUGCGGCGGAAAGAAGGCAUCAAUGAGAAGCGGCUGACCGACGAUUGUCUAACGUUCUUGCGGUGCUUAUCGCGCUCCCGGCCCGUCGAAUUCCGGUCCGUGACAAGGCAACAAUUCUUCCGCGGGUGGAAGGCGCUCCAAGAAUCCCGUCGCAGUUCCACCGCUACCACUUUGUAUUACGUGCGUACGGAUUUCCGUGACGCGUUCACCAGCUUCAUGCACGAUAAACUGCAGACGGUCGUUCGGGAUCGAAUCAAGGAACGUUUUGGCAAGAAGCAGAAGACGGUGGCCGUGCACACGGUGGACGUAGUGAAAAUCGGCAGUGGCGGCACCGUGUUCUAUAAGAAGCUCAGGUACGUGGGCGGACUGCCGACACCCGAGUUUCAGGGUGGGUCUCUGGUGUUCCACGACAAAACUGACGUGGUGUCGUUGUUCCGGAUCUGGAAUGGUGUGCGCCGGUGCAUCGGAUGCAACGCUGUGGAACGGGGCGGCCUCCGGUGGGUUAUGACUAGGGGUGUAGUGCAAGGCGACCGAUUGUCUGUGGCCCUGUGCGACCUGUUGCUGGCCGACCUCCACGCCGACCGGCUGACGGGCCUAGUGGAUGGCAAGUUGGGUUGCCGGCUGUAUCGGUUUGUGGACGACUAUAUAUUCGUAUCGCCUGACCGUGACUCCGCACGUCGAUACCUGGCAGCGAUGCGCGCUGGGUUUGUCGAAUACGGGCUCCGGCUGAACCGUUUCAAAACCGAGACGAAUCUGGAUGACGAUGGUGGCAGCAAAAGGACGGUCAAAUUCUUGGGUUUCCGGUUGAACGCGGUCACGGGAGAGGUGACUAAAGACACAUCCGCGUACCGGAAUCGCCGGCCUUUACACUUUUUUGACUACAAGCUGGGCCGUGGACGACCAGGUCGGUCACUGUACGCCAAAGUAGGCCAGCCUAACUGGCAUAUCAUGCCUGCCGUGCUGGUUAGUAAGUCGUUCAAUUCGGUGGCCACGGUGGCCCGGAACGUGGCGUCCGUGGUCGCGUACAAGGCGUUCGCCGUCAUUGCGGCCGUCAAGCAAUACUUCUUCCAUCUGAAUCCCUUGUUCCUGGUCAACACAGUGCGCGCUGUCGCCCGGAUGAUGUACGCAAAUGCGCGCGCCUCUGUUCAGUACUCGGCCGUCACGCCCAUGCAGUGCAAGUGGAUCGUGUACGAAGUCUACGCCACCAUGUUCCGCGUCCAUUUCUCGCCGGACGACCGCCGAGUCGCAUCCGUCGUGCAUCAGAUUCGGGAUGCACAGACUACUGUCGGAAGCAAGUGCGUCACUCGGGUACUGAGGGCUGCCCUGAGACGUUACGAUUUUGCUAAAAUGUUCGGUUGAUGAAUUCGUCCGCGCCCCACUACAGCUGCCCUAAUAAUACUAUUGUCAUUAUUGUUAUUAAUAUUUUAUUUAAUCUUAUCUUGUUCUCGAUUAUUUUAUUUGAGUAUUAAUAAAAUUUUCAAGUUUGCUUA